AUAUUCCCAUGAUAAAAACAAAACCUUCAAAAUGAAAAACACUCCAUAUGUUUUCGCGGCUUUGUGCUUCGAGCUGUGUCGUAGUGGGUGUGGGUCUUUCUGACAAUAUUCUCUGUACGGGUUCCUCCUUUUUCUCUCGCUAAAUCUAAUCAAAACUAGGCUGUUUUUUUAAUUACUAGUUGAAUUGAACCAAAAAUCCAAAAACACAUCAACACUUGGAACUUGGAAGCAAGUAUCCACUGUUUGCACUUCUCCUUGCUCUAUUUUAACCAAAAUCACUUCUUCUAGGGUUUCAUUUGGUGUAUCUCGUCUUGCCUUUACCAAGCUUUAACGUUGUUUCUUGUCUUGUACAUAACAUCUGUUUUGUAAGAGGUUCAUCGGAGAAUUGUUUUCUUUUCUUGCGGAUUUAUGUCGGUUCUUAUAGAUUCUGUAUCAAGGAAAAAAAACCCUCUUUUGUACAUGAAGGAUCUGGAUAUCGAAAAUGGGAUCAGAUCUCAUGUCCAUCUGUUGGUCUAAUGUGAUGGGUCUUUUGUCAAAUUCUGGUUUCGUCAUUGUUUGAUAGCAUCAUUUAUGAAUCUCCUGUAUACCACUUGGGGUUUUUCUGUAUCCAACUUGUUUUUAUACCAGGAUCCUAGUAGCACUGCUUUUGCAUCUUCUUUCAAGAAAAAAAAUAUUUGAUGGAGUUCCUUAAGUUGAAAAAGUUCAGAAAAACCCACAAACCAAACCUAGAAAAGGAGCCUGUGCCUGUGCCUGAAGAACCCAAGAAAGAAAAUGGUGAUGACUUGGGGAAGUCGGUGGAUGUUGAUAACGCUACAGAGGUUGAUGAGGACGAUGAUGAUUUUAUCAUGAAUGAGGUCAAGAGGAGGUUGAAAGAGCUGAGAAGGAACCGUUUUAUGGUACUGAUACCGGAAGAAACAUGUCCAGAAGAGGAUGAGGAGGAGGAGGGUGAAGCGAGCUCCAAUGAGUGGAGGGAUGUGGAAGCGGAAGGGCGACAACUGUGGUCUUGUUUUGGUGCAUUCUACGAUAAAUAUUGUGAGCGCAUGCUGUUUUUUGAUCGUCUUACUACACAGCUGUUGAAAGAAAUUGAAUCUACUACAGUCACAGGUUCACACAAUCCCUCCACUCCAUCACCAAGGUCUGUGUCCAAGAAGCUUACAUCCCCCCUUCGAUGCCUAUCUUUGAGAAAGAUCGAACAUCCUGAAGAUGAUGAUGAUGCAGAGCAGCUUCAGCAACCAGAGAAUGAUCCAUACCUGGAUCUUGAGACAGCAUAUGUAUCUCAACUGUGCUUGACUUGGGAGGCACUCCACUGGCAGUAUUCACAACUAAGCCAGAAAAUCACAUGUCAGUCUGAAAGUUCCAAAUGUUACAACCAUAGUGCUCAGCAGUUCCAGCAGUUCCAGGUUUUGCUGCAACGAUUUAUUGAAAAUGAACCUUUCGAGCGUGGUCUCAGGCCUGAAAUUUAUGCUCAGACCAGAAAUUCGUUUUCGAAACUUAUGCAGGUUCCAAAUAUAUUAGGUCAAGAUAGAAAAGAGAUGACAGAAGAGGAAUCAGAUAUGCUGGUGCAUGCACCAGAUCUUAUCAGAAUAAUCGAGAGCUCAAUUCUUACUUUUCAACUGUUCAUAAAGAUGGACAAGAAGAAGUCAAAUGGUGUUCGAAAUCUAUUUGGAGGCCAGAACCAGAUGGCUACCCCUCUUCAGCAGGUUCAAUCUUUACUGGAGAAGAGGAAGGUGAAAUUGAAGGAACUGUGGAAAAGGAGGAAGGGUGGGAAAAAGAAUCAGUGGCCUGCAACACAAGAGGAGGUGGAGUUGUUACUUGGGCUUAUAGAUGUAAAGGUGAUAAGCAGGGUGCUGAGGAUGGUGAAGAUUAGCAAAGAGCAGUUGUUUUGGAGUGAAGAAAAGAUGAAAAAACUAGAUAUAUCAGCAGCAACCGGAAAACUCCAAAGGGAUCCAUCUCCCAUUCUUUUCCCUUGUUGAUAAUGACAUCAUCUUUUUUAAGAAAUCUGGCUAGCGUCCUUUGGUUUUGAGGUGGAUGGCUCAUCUGGUCCUAGCCAGGUAUUUUGUUUAAGAAGCAUUGCAAGGGAUUUUGUUAUUUGAUGAUAUAUGCAAUGCAAAGUAAAUCUUUCUUCC